AUGCAUCUAUUCGAUUGUGUAGAAUAUAGUACAUUAGGUCAAGCAUUAACAGUUCGAUAUCAACAACUUCAACAAGAAUAUGAACAAUUAAAUCAAUCGAAUAUUAUUGAAACAAGUUUUGAAUUAUUUUGUGCUAUUGAUCAUCUCGUGUGGUCACGUAUACUUGAUUUACCUGAAAAUGAACCUCUAUCAUUAGUACCAUUUAUUGACUUUUGCUAA